AUUACACAAAGCUUAAGGAACAGACGGGUGAAAGCUUCGCGCUUCUUCUGUGCUCCAUUACAACAUAAAUAAUUCCAGCGUGUGCACGUAUAGCGAGAAUUGUGUUUUGUGCUGCAGGAUUGCUCUGGCCAUAUCCGCUUUUCCGUACACGAACCAGAAAAGAGUCACUUUCCCUUUGUAACCGACCAGGAAAACGCUACACAAGAAAGUAGCUCCGGAAAAUCGAAGAAUCGUGAUUGUGUCGUUCGAACGUAUUUAGUGCGAGUAUGUGAAGCCACCUCCGCCGUUUGCUUAGUUGGUCUCGCGUCUUGGGAAAAAGGUGGAAAUCGGUCGAUUAGCACGUUUGCUUGUGCAUUUAAGUGCAAAAGUACAAAGCCAUGUCCAUAGUAGUUCUCGUGGCGAAAGUCGAUGGAGAGUAAUCGCGCAGCAGCUACCCUGACGGUCAGUGAAUAGUUCCCAGCUCCCAGUGUUCACAGUGAAAAAGUCCGAAAAGUGCUGAAAUGCAAUUUUCCGAUCCGUUUCCCUAGAAAAGCCACUCGAGGUUGUGUGAUUGAUCGAUAUUUCCGUCAUAAAAUUACGAGAGUACAUAAUAAUAAAUAACAAAAUCGAUAGUGCGAUACGAGAGCAACCGCGUCUACUACAGCCCUCUCGAAGCCUCGUGCCAGGAGCUUCAACGCCGAGCGGAAAAUGGCCUACAAUAACCCAUUUCUCAAGUCGGUCCUAACAUAAAUGUUGAUAAUACAUACCUACAAUAUAUACAUUCUUACAGAACACCCAAAAAAAAGUAAUUUCUUGGCAGUGAAAAUUGUUCGUCCAUGUUUGGCAAAUAAGGAUAACAUUCUGCUUUUACAGCAAAAAUAAAUUAAAGUGUAAAAUGUAAUAAUUCGGCUUCUAAAUAUGAAAGUGAUAGAAAAAUGAUAUAAAUAAAUUGAAGUAAAAUAAAUAAAUUGCCUAAUCUACCUUGACAAAAGGAACACGAAUCAAAGAUCAAAUCAUGGAAUACGAUUUACGCAAGCAGAAAAGAUUAGGUCCAGCGCCAAUUGCUUCUUUCGAGAAGUCCUUUGAGGACAAUAAUACAUCAGGGACGCCAGAGCUAUCUAGACAGGAUGCUGUACAUGUCACGUCAUCAGAUAGUGAUAAACAAAAUAUGGAUUCGGAUAUGAGUGGCCCGACGGCAACAAUCACGAUGACAUCGACCAGAGUCUCAACGGUUACUAUGCCUUCAGGAAGUGCGACACCAACGCGACAGCGACAGCAACAUGACAACAAUACCAGCGAUUCUAGUAAUAGUAAACGACCGCCACCCUUGCAACCUGUAAAUGUCAGCGUUCAGGUUCAAUCCGCCUCCGUGACGGUGAGCGGUAGUGACGCACAAUAUAGCGGUGUCGCAACCCUUGGCGUGAACACCCCAUCAACGCCACGCAUCGACAUCAGCCGGGCAUCGAGCUCAUCGCACCAUGAGGACAGCCGAGAUAGUAGUCCGGAUAAUGUCUUUGAACAGGUCGGAACCGGAACCCUACAGGAAUCUAUUGGUCUGGGCUUUCGUGAGGAGGGUGCCAUGGAUUUACGUAGCUCCACUGAGGAAUUAUACUUUAUGGAUCCUGAGCAGAAAAAGGAAGAACAGGAGAAAUUGCAACAGGCUCGAAAAUCACCUGUCAUCUUCAAGUUUGAUGAACACCAAACGUACCUGCAACAACAUCAAAGAAAGGACUCAGCCAGUUCGGAAGUUGCGGCCCUGCUUUGUAUCUCAGGUCGAACCAGUCGAAUAUCCAGUGUUGGUAGUCAAGGGUCAGCUGUCAGUAGACUAUCUGCCAUUUCUGGUAUUUCCCGAUCACCUUCACCUCAUAAGAUGCUUCUAGAAACUUCGUUCUGUGGACCUAAACCUUUAGAGAAUGUUGUCGAUGGAAGUAUAGUGAGUACAGUCGAACCUCCUACGGCAGAAGUGCUAGAACAAGUGCUUUUGUCCAGAAAACAUGACCCUACGCAGGCGGUAUUUGCUGAAGGUAUCAAAAUAGAAGGCUCUCCUAAACGAAAUCUGGCCAAUGGACAAACAGAGAGAAAACGACUAGAUCAGAAAGAUCAGCCAAAAACGACCAAGUCUACUACAAGCAGUAGGCCUGUAGGCAAAAAAGUUGGAAUUCCAACAGUAGGAACUAGAAAAGAUGGCAGUAAAAGAGUAGUGGGGGCAUUGCCUAGUGGUGCAGAAUAUAUUCGUAUCAACCUUAAGCCAGACUACCUCUACGACGAUAAAGGUGUAGCACCGAACGAACGAGUUGUAGAGAUGUCAAAAUCAGGGGGCCGAACAAAUGAGCAUAGAAAACCGGCAACAUUGAGUAUAGGGCGUGAUGUUAACGCUAUUGAACAGCGGUUGACUCCUAGUUCAAGUCCAAAACCAUCUAGACACCAGACUUUAGCACGAGAUACGGGUGGAAGUCGAUCGCCAUCUCCAGCCACGGUUACUGUGUCUCGAAAAAGUUCAUUUUGUUCGCUGUUCAAACCAAAAGAUUCACCCGACUCACCCCGCGAUCAGUCGAGAUCACGCAGUAAAAGUCGUGACCGAUCAACACCGCAAUCUCAGUCUGGGACUCCCAGCAAACAAAAAUCAGUUCUAGCAAUUUUUAAACCAAGGCGAAGUGUCAGCAAAUCGAAAUGUUCUUCCCCGAUAGACCAUGAUUCGGCUACAGCUCCUCUUGAUGGAAUAUCCCAAGUUGAAUUUAAAUUUAAAUCCGAGCCUAGCAGUACUAAAACUGAAAGUAGAUCUCGUCCACCCAGUCGUUUGCGAUACUACGAUACACCCCUGGAUGGGAAAAGCAUACAUAUUCCGCUACAUACUCCGCCUGAAGAAAAACAGGAUCGUAAGUUUCCUCCGACAAGCAAUGAAUCUAAAGAACCAGAACCUCCGCCUCCAUCGGCAUCUUCGUCAGGAUCGUCACAUCUAACAGCCGACCCAACUCCGCCAACUUCGGCAACAUUACCGCAAGUAGUUUCAGAAACUUCCCUACCUCGCGAGCAGGAGGAAAAACCUCCUGCUCUUCCCAUGAAGGCUCCUAAACUUGCACAACUAGAAAAGACUCAGCGAAUUGUGAAUUUAGAUGCAAUUCAAUCGAUUUUAUCAGACGACAACAGUGAUAGGGAGCGUACCUGGAGCAUGGAGGUUCAGCGGCAUAGCUCGCAGGAGAGUCAAGAAACAGCUAGUAUUGGAAGUUCCAACAGUACGGUAACUCAGAGGCGGAUAUCAAAGACUAACCUUUCUGAUGUGGCCGAGAACCCAUCCAUAGAAAACGGAAUUCCACCAGAACCGAAAGAGCAACCAGUACCGAAUGAAUCAAUGAACCACCAGAACAUUCCUAUAACCAAAGAGAAGAAAAGACUCCUAUUUGCAACCAAGAUUGGCUCUGGGAGCCAAGAACAAAUUUUCAGUACGCAAUUCAGUAUAUCUAAAACUGAGAGCUUAUCCAGUCAACUCUCCGAACAGCAAUCGAUUCCAGGUAGUCCUAAUGCGGAGAACAAACAUCACAACCAGCUUCAUAGAACAGAUACAGUCAUACGACGACCAGAUGACACACAGGUCCCUGCGGUGCAACAACAAGCGGAGGAAUCAAAACCAACUGGUACUACUGCUGCACCUGUGAAACGAAAACCUUCGGCAGAGGAUGUAAAUAAGCCAACAGUCGUAGGAGUUAUAGAGAAGAAAGACUCUUCGGACGAAUUUAAACGGAAAUCCAAAACAUCGGAUGAGGAAGACAGGCGGCCAAUGCCCGCUGCUGUAGUGAUGCGAAAAAAAGAUCAUUCGGCUGAGUCGAAACGUAAAUCAAAAUCAGCAUCUGAGGAAGAUGACAGUACAAAUCGACAUUCUCGUUACAUUGAGUCCUUUGAUGUAAAGAAGGUACUUCCUGAGCUGAAAGCUCAAUCCCGCAAUAGUAGUGAUAGUAGUAUAAAGGAGCGUGAUUCGCGCACCAGCAGUCGAGAGGACCAGGAAUGCAAUACCCCAAUAGCAGCUCCGCAACUACCCCCCAAGGCACCAACCAGUAAAGAGCGUCAAUCUAUGAUGUCCACAACUGACGAUCUAGCUGAAUCAUCCGAGAGUGAACGCGACUCGGAAAUGGAUCCGAAUCGGAUCAAAAGGCAUUUACCGCGCCAUAUUGGCGCUGUCGAGGACCACGAAAGCACCGGCCUUGUAUCGCAAGACUCAUUCGAAGAUGAACUCCCAUAUGUGCCAACUACGCUUCCCGAGGAAAGAGCCUUUGGUGUAUCGCUUAUUCCUAUGAAAGAUCGAGCUAAUAUGGAAGUGAAAACAUGUCCUGUCGAUCGUCCCAGAUCUACAACUCCACUGAACCCUGCUUGUCUUGAAGAGUACUGUGGAAUUGCAGUUCCCGACGAUAACGAACAUGUUCCUAUACGAGGAGAGAAGCUGCGGAUUAGUCUACCCCGGAAGGAUUCAAUAAAAGAUAAAUCGCAUCGCACCAAAUCACCACGACGAGUUUCCAACUCCAGCGGGAAGACAUGGUUUGAGUUCGCCGAACAAGGGAUAGGACGAGUGGGGCCGACAACGAUUACAACACCUACACAAUCCACAACACCUAAUCAGGCUGAUGAAGAGCCUCCACCACCGCUGCCACCACGGAAGCCAUCUAUGUCUUCAGGACAAUGGAUUAACUUUGAAAAUAUCCCAGAAAAACGUAAGCCUCCUAAACGAAUUACAGCUUUACCGAAAGACUCAUCAUUGGAUUUUACGUCCCGGCCAUCAGUACCGAAUUCACAGCCUGUGCAGUACAACUAUGUGAAGCCUGAGGAAUGCCAGUGCGAGUGUCAUGAAGUUGAGAGGGAAAGUCAUAAGUCUAUUGCGAAUGUGGAUUUGUUGCAACAGGGUGAGGACAUGCAACCGCUACUUGAACCUGAUUCACAGGAAGGAAUUGAACCGAGUGAUUCUUCGGUGGAGUAUAGCUACGAGAACGAUGAGGAGCGACCGUUCCAAAUGGAUUUGUCACUAGGACCUCAUGAUAGCAGUUGUUCGAAUUCACAUGAUCCUGACUCACCGGAAAGCAGUAGGCCAAUACUUGACGAUAAUACACCAACACGAUCCAGUAGUAGCAGCGGCAGGAAAAAGAGAUCAAUGGACUAUCAAAAUCCAUAGUGUACACAAUAAUGUUAGCAACAGCGGGUAUUCAAUUCAGCAAUAACACGAAGGAAGAGGUACAUACCAAAAUGAGUUUAGUAUCGUUGCCAAUCCUGAAUUGUUAGACUUUCUUUUAGUUCAUCUUAUCCUUCAGUUUUAGCCUGAAUCAACACUUGUAGUAGUUACAAGCUCAACUGAAGCAACCACAAAAUAGGCAAUAAAUAUAAAGUGUUGUGAGUAAUACUACAAAAUUAAGAUUGCUCAGUAGAAGGUUGGGAGAACUGAUUUUCCAGCAAUAAACAAAGAUGAUGCAAGGUCCUCUGUGUCAAAAUUAAAUUGAAGAACCUCAGAAUUGGAAUUUUCUUCCCAAUUUUGGUGACAGUUCAGUGAAAUGAACCCUUGAAUUAAUACAGCCAAGCAAUUAGCACUGAUGAAGGAUCCAGUUCGCAGUUUGAGAUCCUGAUAAUGUUUCGAGUCCCAUUGAACGUCAGUGGCAAAUUCGUGAGUCCAGAUAAUUUGGUUAGAUUUCGCCCGUUGGUUUUACUAGCCUCUAUUUUUCGUCUGGCUGUUGGAUCUAGCGAUAUUGUUCGCUUUGCUUAUGCUUGAUGUCUCAUAACAGAUUUUGGAACUCCAGGACGUCUGAUGGUCAUAAGGGGUUUUUUGA